AUGACCCUAGCUGGAGAAGCAAGGAAGCUGCAGCUGAGUGAGUUGGAAGAACUUCGGUUGAAGGUUUACGACAAUGCGGUGCUCUACAAAGAACGGACCAGGAGGAUCCAUGAUGCCAAGAUCAGAAAGAAUGAAUUCUUGGUGGGACAAAAAGUUCUACUUUUCAAUUCACGCUUCAAGAUGAUGGCUGAAAAACUUCGUUCAAAAUGGUCAGGACCAUUCGUGAUCAAAGAAAUUUUUUCAAAUGGAAACAUAGAAGUGUACGAUCACAAUGGAGUCGAUACGUUCGUGGUGAAUGGACAUCGCCUGAAGCCCUACCAUGAACUUGCUGAAGUAGAAAAGGAGAAGGAGGAAUGCCACCUUCUCGACCCUGUGUACGAGUAA